AUGUUGAACAAAGCAGUAGCCGUGUUUUUAGCCUGCCUGGCCUUUACUUUGGCUGCUCCAGCAACAGAAGAUCGCACCACCACGGCGGUCAAGGGAUCCCAAGGCCAAGGAGAUGUGCAGAGGUUGAUUGAAGAAUUGGAACGAGGCCACGCACCAACCAAAAAAGAUACCGUCAUAAAGAAGACCACAAUCACAACAGUUGAGAAACCAACAGAAACCCUUUCCGACAACUCACACGUAACCAUUACCCAUCUAGGUAACGACAGAAACAACGUUGUAUCUAGCAGCGAAGAAUUGUUGAACAAGCUCAAAAAUGAACACUCCUAUGAAUCUGUAUCCCAUACAGUUGGAAGUCACGAAUCUGGAGCCAAUCCAACUGUUAUCGUCCACAAGGUACCAACUACUAGCAGCAGUCACUCCGAAGACUGGUCGGAAGUCCAUUCGUCCAACAAUUUUGAAAACAGCGCUGAAUUUCAGCAACAAGCUAAGAACGCCCAUUUCCAAUUCGCUACCCAAGUCGAUGACCAUAUCAAUGGAAACUACCAACAGAAGGCUGAAACUAGACAAGGUGGUGUUUUGUAUGGUAAAUACUCAUAUGAUGAUGGCUUCUUCUGGACGACUGUAUAUUACAAAGCGGAUAAAAAUGGUUUCGUAGUUACCAAGCGAGAAGUUCUUCCAACUCAUAUGACCCAACGUACUGGUGACGCCAGCGUACAGACUUUAAUGGACGGUUACCUCGUCGACUAUAAAAUCAAUGAAAAUGACAUUGGAUCUUCCAAAAGACAGAGUCCUGCAUCCAGUAGAGAUUAG